AUGCCGCGACUCUCCGUCUUCGGUUCCGUGAACGUCGACCACGCGUUCGCGGUCGACGCGUUUCCGCGCCCGGGCGAGACCGUGGGGGGCGAUAGCGCGUACGCCAGGCUCGCGGGCGGGAAAGGGGCGAAUCAGGCGUGCGCGGCGGCGCGCGCGGGCGUCGAAGUCGAAGUGCACUUUUGGGGACGCGUCGGAAGAGACGACGAUUUUAGCGUCGCGCAGCUCGAGCGCGCGGGCGUGAUCGCGCGGGAAGUCACGCGCGACGAUGCGUUGCCCACUGGGUCCGCGUGCGUGCUGUGCGAGCGCGCGUCGGGGGAAAACAUGAUCGUCGUGUGCGCCGGCGCGAACGACGCGGCGCGCGCGCGCUUUAGAGAGGGCGACGAGAGCGCGGUUUUGGCGCUUCAGGGAGAAGUUCCGGUGAGCGCAAACUUAGACGCGGUGCGGAUGAUGCGAACGGUGAACCCUCGGUGCGUCGUGGUGUUGAAUUACGCGCCAGCGACGGAGAUAUCGUUGGAAUUGAUAGAGGAGGUGGAUUGCGUCGUCGUCAACGAAAGCGAAGCUCGAGCAAUCUCAGAGGCGUACGAGAUUCUCGACGAGCCGACGCGGGCGAGCGAUCGACCGCAGCGGAAUCGAGCGAUUGUGUACACCAUGGGCGCGGCUGGUGCGCGAUUGGUGAUGACGCGAGAUCUGACGUUUCGCGAGGCGUUUGUUCGCGACGGCGAUGGAAAUUCCCAAGACGAAGCGCGCGUCGAAGCGAUGCGUUUCGGCGACGACGAAACCGUCAUCGAUACCGUCGGUGCGGGAGAUGCGUUUGUCGGUGCCUUCUGCGCCGCGAUGGCGAGCGACGCGACGUGUGCGGACGCGUUGCGUUUAGCGUCCGCCGCCGGCGGUUUGACGUGCCUCUCGAGCGGCGCUCGCGCGGACGUGUCGCGCGCGCGCGAGCGAGCGCUUCCCAUCCCGUGCGUCCUUCGAGGUGCGCUCAAGAAUAAAAACGUCGAGCGCGCGCCCCUUCGCGCGCUGCUUCUCGACGAUGCGCUGUAA